GGGAAAGAGAGAGUCGUCGAGAACAGCUUGAGUGAGUCUCUCAUCAUCGGACGAUUUUUUUCCGUCGCACCUCCCGACACAAUUCCCAAAUCCUGCAAGCUCCAAGCUACCCCCUAUUAGAACGAGUAACUGUUUCUAAAAAAUUACUGUACUAUGGUUCAUUCUCGUCGGUUUUAAAGCUGAUAGGUACGACAUCAACAGAAAACUCAGCAAACUCAUUGGAUGGCAUUGAAUCUUUGUAGGUCAAUGCUGUGACACAUGAAAAACUACUAUGUACUAAAAUUGAUAGGGUGUUAAAUUGUGGGUAAGUGAGCAGAAGUGAGUAAAAGAUAGUACGGCUCCGGUUCUGGAGCUAAACAGCAGCUCCGAUACGGGAGUAAGCGACUUCGCGAUUUCUUGCGCUUCCGACACUAGAAGAUGGAGGAAAGCAUCUACAAUAUCGUACAUUCGAAUUUAUAGGCGUGUUUGGAUGAUUUUUCUGUCCUCAGAUUAAGAUGCUUACCCAUUGGUAGAGGUUAGUAGUAAGUAAAAGCGCAAAAGAUCCUCGUUUUAGUAGUAACUAACAAGUCUAAAGAAAAACACAAGAAACAACUCAUUACUAGGCGAAGAAAGACCUUACUUAGUAAAGAACAAGAAACAAAACUAAAAGAUGCAGUCUCUAAUUAAAAGAUCUUACACCCCGUUAGUGGGUACAUCUAUCUAUCUAUCUAUCUAUCUAUCUAUCUAUCUAUCGCACACCUUAGUAAAGAAGAAACAAAACUAAAAACAUUUCCCACAGAUAAAAGAGGAGGUGCCGAAGGCAGAGCGGGGGAAGAGGUAUGUGUCACAAUUCCCGGGAACCAUUGCGCCAACAGCAAGCACUUUCAAUGUCUCACAAACAACGAAGCCAGGAGUGAGCAAUCUAGGUACAGAGUUUGGUUUGAGUUUUUGUUCCAACUUAGACGAUCUGUUGUUACUACUACUACGAUUCCUCAUCUUUCUUAUACCUUACCUCAUUCUCUCCACUUGAAUCACGAUUAUUAACUAAUCUCAUCCAGGUGGUGCAUCAGUGAAUCUCGAUUACGGGUACAAGUACCAGAAGCCAAAAGCCGGUUUCGGACCACCACCAUGCACAAGUUUCCCAGCGCCAGCGAACUUUUUGAAGGGCAAAACAGGGAAGAAGCCAGUUGCGACACUCGGUAAUCAUGUCUUAGGUUUUAUUUAAUGACCUUGAAAGUCUUAAGUGACAAUUGAGUAUACGGAUUGGCACUAUCUUCCUCCAUUGCAUUUUUUUAAAGAGACGUCGAUUGAACAAUCAUAGUCGAGCUAGCAGAUGAAAAAUUGCGAAAAAUUUCGUUGGAUAUUCAUUCGCUUGUUUUGGUACAACUACUUGAUGAAAAAAAUUGCAAUUUUCUUGUGCAUACUUGGUGGGAAUCCCAAUUCUCGACAACCACAGGUAUGAUAAAGAGGGAGCAACCUGAGAAACUCAAGCCAGGGACUUUGAAGGAAAAGAUGAAGCCGACGAUUCCGACGAAGGAGGAAAAGCCGAUUAUGAACCUGGUACCUCGAGAAGAUAAUCAAAGAUGGCCUUUCAUCUUCGGAGAAGAGGAUCAACAUUAAAGAAGAUGAAGAGACAGCAGUUGAACACUGGUCGUACACUGUGAAGAUUUCUAUUCUCUUGUUGAAUGUGACAAUUUAUUAACGAAUAAACGGAGCAGAUGAAUAGCCACUGUUGUUUUACUCUCUCUCAUUUUGACAGGUAACAAGCAAGAACUUUAUUGUUGCAAACGCAGUGGAAAAUAUUCUUAUGGCACCCAAGAAAAUGCCAAAUCAAGACGAGGACUUCCUCAACAAAGAGGACUACGGAAAGGUAAGUAGGAAUUUUGAAGUUUUAGGACCUCCUGUUUCACCUAGUUUCUCCUGCUCAAGUUUCUCCAAUAGAGCUGGUUGUUUUUCCGCAACCCCUGCGGCAAUACUAAAUGAGGAUUGAACCACUAGGUCCCGGCGUAUAUUGCAUCAAUCAAGAAGGAUAUUGAAGCUGAGUACCAGUAUAUCCGGGAGCUGCAAAAUGAAGAGGCAGAGAGAGAGGCACCAGUACGACGUCCGCUCGAAACUGAGGAAAAGGAAGCCUUGAUUCAGGCUUUGAAGGUUUCAAUUUAUACCGUGAUGAAUGCGAGAAUGCAGAUGAAUGCAAGUCCAGAACAAAACUUAUCUCUUAAAUAGAUACGCUUCAAUUCGGCUCCUGCUGCAAUCAACAAAAAGAAAAAUAUCAUCUUUAUUGAUACCACCCUUAUUGUUAUCGACCCUCUCAUUUGCAACUGACAACCAUUGUAAACCUCUGUAUAAGUAUGAAACAUAUGAAUGAUCGUACGUCUUUUCAGGCCAAGUGGGAAGAAGUGAAUGCGGAGUAUCAGCUUGGCGCACAUUUGACGAAACUGGAUACUGUCGGUAAAAUGCGACGAAAAGAACAGCAGGAGAAGCUUCUUACGCAGCUCGAAAAGGAUAUCGAGAAAAUGAAGAAAGAGUACUUAUAACUGCUGUGACUUCAUAAGUCUCUUGUCGUAGAAGGAUAUCGAGAAAAUGAAGAAAGAGUACUUAUAACUGCUGUGAUUUUUCCUUUCGUAGAAGGAUAUCGAGAAAAUGAAGAAGGAGUAAAGACUACCUGUUUUUGUUUGUCCUGUUGUUCCGUUUCUUUUUCGUUAGGCGUCUAAAGACAUUAUAUUUAAAAAUUGUGCCUAUAAUUUCUCAACCUAGGAUCAGAAGCUAGUCUUUAGACUAGUAGAGGUCCCUUCCUCAUCCUCAUCCCAUCCUCAUCCUCAUUAAAACUUAUCCCAUCCGCAUCCUUCUCAGCAACGUCGUUGUCGAUCCGUCGGUAUGAGCGGUCGAAAUGAGCGGUUGUUAAGCCGGUACCGCAGUACAGUAUUCGAGACGCAGCUUCUCGAUGAAGGAGGACAGAAUCUUCAUAGUCAUUAUAGGUAGGAACUAGAUCACACUUAUAUAGAAAACCUCUACUUCACACAUUAUACGCAAAAAGAGAACUUCAACUUACCAGGGAUUUGAUUGGAUAGUGAACAUCAACAUUGUAGUGAACCAAACAACGCGUCUUAUUCUAGUAUCAUCGUGUAAUUAGUACAACAACUACUGCCGAAGUGUUACAUCUACUACAUCGAAAAAAUCUGCGCUCGGAAUUAGAUACUACAAUGCCGACAUUUAUUUGUAAUUCACUUCAGUAAUGAGUUAUCUAACGCUUUCGCUUACAUGUGAACACAUCAAUUAUAUAGAGAACGAAUAUACUUAAUUAAGCGCUAAGAACAACAUCGUAGGCUCUGAUUUCAUUUGUAAUUCACUACUACAACACCAGUACAUGCGGUACAAGUUAAUGUUCAUCCAAGUUCUUUCAGUACCGUAAAGCGUCGUCUGUGUAGAGAGUCGUUUGACUUUAUUCAAGUCUUUGCUUGCUUGAAAACGUCGUGAUAGUUCACGGCUUUCAUGGCCGCGUCCUUACAUGGCAAGAUGCACUUCGAGCCUACUGUAGCACCCUUGAGGGGAAAGAAGUCGGUCGCGCCAACCAGCUCGGACUUCGUUUGAUGUAGGUUUACCAGGGGAUUCCUGCAACAACUAGAAGAAAGACGAAGCUCCAAAGUUAGUCGACGUGCUUUCCCAGGAUCAAGAGCGCAUGCAAAGACAGGGACGCUUGAACCACUAACGCAGAACUUUUACUGACAUUUCACUCCGUUUGACGAACAAACUUCAUGUAACACUGAGACUUCAAGAAGAACAAAAUCAAAAGAUUCGUAUACGCUUCAAUUGUCGAAUACUUAUGCUUGAAACAAGACUUAAAUGUAACAAAUCUAAGGACUCUUGUAAUAAUACCUUGUCUACUGGGAUAGAUGUUGAGCAUGCGUCCUGUGUAUGCGGGAUGGCAGAUGUG